GCCGCUGGCUGAUCAGAGCCUCCCCAGGAGCCGGCGGCCAGAGCCCCAGACCGCGCUGACCCUGCGCUCGCCCGGCCUCCCCAUGUCUCAGUACGCCCCCAACUCGGACUUCAAACGGGCUUUGGACAGUAGUCCCGAGGCCAACACGGAAGAUGACAAGACCGAGGAGGACGCGCCCAUGCCCAAGAACUACUUGUGGCUCACCAUCGUCGCGUGUUUCUGCCCCGCGUACCCCAUCAAUAUCGUCGCUUUGGUCUUCUCCAUCAUGUCCCAGAACAGCUACAACGAAGGCGACUUGGAAGGAGCCAGGCGGCUUGGGCGGAAUGCCAAGUGGGUGGCCAUCGCCUCCAUCGUCAUCGGCCUUCUCAUCAUUGGCAUUUCUUGCGCAGUUCACUUCACGAGGAACCUCUGAGGAAGCCCAGGGCGGCGCUGAGCGCGGAAGACCGACUCACCCGCACCCAUCCCAGAGGAGUUCCCGAGGAUGGAAUCCUUGACUUCAGACUGUGAGAUCUUUUCCUCCAAGACUCUCCAGAGGCAGGUCCCUGGCAAUCAAGAGCAAAGUCCCAAAUGUAGGAAGCGCGAACAGCACACCCGGAUCGGCCAAAGCCAUCAAUUUGUGGGGGAAACAAAAAAAAGAAGCAGACAAAAGCAGAAGACGAGGAGCGUGAAGCCCGUAUCAUUGAGCAAAGUUUGCUGUGUUCGUUUCUCUUCUCCAGAGACGAGCCUCAGGAAAUCUCCCUACUUUGAACAGGUGGUGGGGAGUGGUACCCAGACUCGGGGAGGGUGGGAGCUUUCUAGAAGAGCAGCGGAUGCUGGAGUUUACAAGGUCAAGUACAAAGCAUGUUUAAAGUUGCCUAAUGUCAUUGAACCUGUGGCUUUGGUUUCCUUUCCACUUGCCCUGUUGUAGUAACUCCUCCAUCAUCCUACCUACCCAUUGAAUGGUCCAAGGCUCACAGGAAGAGGCAUCCUGGCAUUUUGCCUCCAAGUACCUGCCCCUCCCCCCACCCCAGCCAACCCCUUGCUUGCACUACACUGGGUCAACCUGAGCACAACUGUGCCCUUGUCUCCAACAGCCUCUGAGAAUGUACCCGGCCGUCACUUCGAGCCAUCACAUUCUGUCCCAGCCUGGGGAAUAAACUGAACGUGUUUGCAGAACACGCUCUAAGUCUCGGGCAACAUCUUGGAUUGCUCUCCUGGAUGCCACCUGGAAAUGCUGCCCCUGUCCGUCUUUUCUGUACAAUGCAAACCUGUGGGCCAGAGAGUGCUAGUUGAAGGGCAGCCGUAUCCUGCCUGCCAGAAAACACAGGCAUUGACCGCAGGACGUGUGCACACGAUUGCGUUUAAGGAGCUCAGGGUCAGGAAGAUAGGUCAUUUCUCCUUUCUCAGUCCUGACCACAGCAAGGAGAAAGUCGAAGACAGAGCAAGCCUCGGGGUCAGCGUCCUGUGUCUACGUAGAAUAGAAUGAUAUUGCUUUUACGCUGUUCGUUGUAUUUCUUACUUGCCUCUGACAGUAUUUCCACAAAUGGAUUUGACAUAUCAUUUUCAUUCAAAUACAUUUACUUAGAAAAGUAAAUGGACUCAAAGAAAAAUGCCAAUUAAAACAGCAGGUGUUGUGUAUAGCAAAGAUCACUUCAAGAACUAAUGUUAGAAACACAGUGAUAAUGAACUUUCAUAAGCACCAAAAAAAAAAAGGGCAGUUUAUUCUAAUCGAAUUAACCAGAGGCUGAGAGUCAAAACACCUGUGUCAAUGACUUUUUUUUGCCACUAACUCGUUAGGCAAGCCGAUUUUGAGCAACUUUCUCAACCUCUCUGUGCCUCUGAUUUCUUCACGUGGAAAUGAGAGCUCAGAACACCUGCUACGUACCUCGAAGUGUUGUUAGAGAAAUGCCUUGCUAUGAUAGAGGCGAAUGCCCCGGGGGGAGAUUCUAAGUUCUGUACAAAUACAAAGCAUUGGUAUUAGAGUUGUGAAUCUCAGGCGCUUGUUAAAACACUAGACCCUUGCAAAAAAUAAAAGUUG